CUAUACUGGGAUUUGGAUGUUUGCUCUCUUCUCAUGGAUAUUAUUGGGUUGAAUAAAUUAAUUUGUUUUUUCAUUUUUAAAAUGAUUGGAACAGAUUCCUUACCAGAAAUACAAAGCAUCCCUCGUUGAGAAGAUUGCAGAACUUGUGGAAAAUAAGAUUGUGCAGACUUAGAAAUGGCUAGUGAUCAGGCACUUAUAGAGGGAAUGCUGCUCUCAGACAUAGAUCAAAAUACAGUUCAUUUUGUCCCAAAUUUUGACAACUCAGAAACAGAGCCAUCUCUACUCCCUGCUAGAAUCCCGAAUCUGCUUCUGAAUGGUGCCUCUGGAAUUGCGCUGCAAGAACUACUCGAGCACAUGCCCGGACCUGACUUCCCUACAGGAGGAAUCAUAAUGGGCAGCAUUGGGCCCCAAAUUCCGCCGCGGCUCGCUGCCGGAGCAUCCACGAUUUCCCCGCGGACGGCAAGGCCACGGGCUGUCAACGGGAACGUCAUCGUCGCCGACGCGGCGGUCUGCUAUGGUUUGAUGGAUGAGGCCAUUUUAGGUCGCAAUUGGAGCGAUUUGCGCAUUUUUAGGAAAAGUGGAUUGAAUGGAUCACGAGGCGAGUUCCUAUUGGCCAGGGAUUUUGUGAGGACUCCAGAGCCGGUUUCUUUCUCCGUUCAUCUUCUCCAUCUUUUCCGUCGGCGGAUCUUCAUCUUCUCAAUCUCCUGCUUUUCCGGUAGAGCUUCCGCCUCUUACUCCUCAUCAGAAACUGAUUGGUGAAGGUUCACAUCGUCGAUUAUUGCUGUCAAUCAGAUUGAAGAUUUUGCUCGAGUGCAACUCCAAAUAUCAAUGCGAAGCUAUAAUCAUUGAGAGAUUACCAUCUGGACUCUUUGGGGAUUCAUUUGAACUGGAACGUUUGGUGCAACGUGGUGCGUUUAAGGAAGCAGGUGUAUUUGGAGACACAAAUUUAGAGUUGCCUUCUUUUCGCUCCAAUCGGUCACUAAUUGAGGUUCACUUUGAUAUGGGCUCUAAGUUAUUAUCAAUGCACGAGGGUGAAAUAGAAUUCAAAGUUCAGCUUCCACUGCAUGCCCGUUAUCAGCCACUAGGGCACGGCUUUUCAAGAGUUAUGUUUAGCCCUCCGGAUUUAUUCGUGCGGUAUAGCACUGAAAGAAAAGUGGGGGAGAAAU